AUGGCGACCAUUACAUGUGCUCGCGCCGAUACCGCCGUCGACAGGAUGAGGCUGGACACACCGCUGCUCCCGAAGUACGAGAAGGUGCAGAUUCAAAAGCAGCACUGGGUAAAUAUCGUGGAGGAACUCCUGGACGAUGUGUGGGAGCUACUGGUUCUGCGCUCGGAAAGGAAGAAUACAAUACCCUGCCAGGGUGGGGACAGUCAGCGUCAGCCGGGAACAGGGACGAAUACCAACGCCGCCGUCGAAUUGACUUUCCAAUCACCGGCGCUACCCUUGUAUACUCAGCCGCCGUCCUACGAUGACGCAGUCAGCGAUUUACCGCCGGGAUAUGAGACGUUGGAUAUUCUCGCGGAGCGCAAAAUAGGACUGUUGCCAGUGGCACACCCUGCGCUGAGUGAGAAAUCGAAAUCGAGAUCAGCAGGGUGUUUUUUUGAUAUGUUUAAGGAUCGAAAGACGGAUGUAGAUAUUGAUUUUGGAAGUCCGGUGGGGAUCCGUGAACAUAAGAAGAAAAAGGGCGGUGGUGCCAAUAAGAAGCCUGUGGCUACUUCGACGCCUGCACAGAAUGGCGGGGCCGGCUCGGAUGGUGCUGCGGAUGACACCGCCAAUGGUGAUGGUGGAGGAGAUGCGGGAAGUGGUGGAGGCGGAGAUGGAGAUGGAGGAACGGGAGGUGAUGGAGGCGGCGGUGAUGAUGGUUGGGAUGAUUGGGCUGCAGCUGGGUCAAAAAAGAAGACCAAGAAGGAAGAGGAGGAAGAAGAGGCGGAGCGCAUCGCUAAAGAAGAAGAAGAAAAGAAGGCCGCUGAAGCUGCUAAGAAUCUCAGCUGGGCUGACGAUGAUGGCGGCGGCGCUGAUGAUGGCUGGGCUGGCCUUAAGAAGAAAGGCAAGGGAGAUGCCCCUCUGGAUGAUUUUCAGGACGUCGGUCUAAAUGAUGGAGCGCCACAGCUGGAUUUGAACUUCGACUCGGCUCCUAAGACGGGCGGGACUGGUUUUGGUUUUGGCGGCUGGGGCAAAGACUGGGGAUCAGGCAAUAAAUGGGGUCUUGGGGGUGAACCACCCAAGGAAGAACCUAAAGAUAAUAAUCCCUGGGGAUCAGGCAAGAGCAAGUCGAAGACCCCCGGUGGGUUUGACUUUGGUGAUUUGGGUCCUGCCCCCGGAGAAGAGUCCAAGCCAGACGAUGACUGGGGGUUGAGUACCUCAUCCAAGGAUAAAAAGAAGAAAAGCUUGCUUGAUACGGAACCCGAGCCUGAGCCUGAGCCUGUAGCUGAACCUGAACCUGAACCCGAGUCUGAACCGGAGCCUGAACCCAUCAAAGAUAUUACGACUGAGUCCUGGUACCUAGCCUUGAACAGCAAGGAAAAGCGCAAGGCAAAAAAAGAACACGAAAAGAAAGUAAAGGAUGCACAGACGGCGGCAGAAGCCAGGGCUAAAGUCAAAGAGGAGGCUAAAAAGGCCAAGGAAGAAGAGCGGCUCGCCAAAGAAGAGGAGGAAAGAAAGGCCCAAGAGGAGGCAGAAUUGAAAGCCCAGGAAGAGGCAGAUCAGAAGGCCAAGGAAGAAGAAGAAGCCAAGAAAGCUCAAGAAGAAUCCAAUGACUGGGGUUGGGGUAUGACGUCUAAGAAAGAUAAAAAGAAGAAGAAGAUUGAUCUUCUAGCAGACCCGUUACCUGCCGCACCUGAUCCACCAGCCGAGGAUGACUGGAUGGGUAGCUGGGGUACUUCUACGAAGGAUAGAAAGAAGAAAGACAAGAUCGAACCUGAGCCUGAGCCUGAGCCCGAGCCCGAACCUGAACCAGAGCCGGAACCCGAACCUGAACCAGAGCCCGAGCCUGAACCUGCUGAGCCACUUGAUCCUCUUUAUGAAGAUUGGGACAAUAUCUCCUCUAAGGAACGUAAGAAGCGCGAAAAGCAAUUAGUUCGCAAAGGACUUCCUGUUCCUGGGAAAGAUGGCUUCGAGCUUCCAUCCGAUAAGCCAGCCGAGCCAGAGCCAGAGCCAGAGCCAGUCCCCGAGCCGGAACCGGAACCCGAACCAGAACCAGAGCCAAUUCCUGAACCUGAGCCCGAGCCUGAGCCAGAAAAGCCAGCCGAGGACGAUACAUGGGGAUCUUGGGGCGUGACCAAGACUAAAAAGAAGAAGAAGGGCAAGGAUAUUGACGAGCCCCCACCUCGUGCUCCGACUCCGCCGGCUCAAGGUCUUACCCCCGAGCCCGAAGCAACUAAUGAUGCUGGAGAUGACAUCUGGGCAGAUCUGGCCCCCAAGACCUCUAAGGGCAAGAAGACAAAAGCUCUUGAGCCACCGAAAGAAGAGAAGCCCGCGGCGAAGGGUUUCUGGGCAACGCUUACAGGUGGUUCAGCCCCUAAGGCCAAGGCUACGAAGAAGGAAGAGCCACCAAAGGAAGAUGAUCUUCUCAUCGACAUUGGAGACGAUCCUCCUGCUGAACCCGAACCUGAGCCCGAGCCGGAACCUGAGCCAGAGCCAGAGCCUGAACCUGAGCCCGAACCUGAACCUGAGCCGGAGCCUGAGAAGUCUAAGACGAAGAGUGGCAAGCUUUCUGUUGCUGAACGUAUCAAGGCUCUGGAGCAGUCCAAGAGUAAGGGGAAGGAAGAAAAGACCAGCUCUAAGUCCAAAUCCAAGGAGAAGAAGGUCGAGCCAGAACCCGAACCAGAGCCAGAGCCUCCAGCAGAAGAGCCUGGUAAAAAGUCCAAGUCUAAGAGAGACGCCGAAGAAGAGAGAGAACGCUCACAUGACUCCGUUCCAGGGAGCUUCCCUGAUGAACCCCCCGCCGAGCCUGAACCUGAACCUGAGCCAGAACCUGCACCUGAGCCCGAGCCCGAGCCAGAUCUCUCAAAAAUGUCAAAAAAGGAACUAAAGAAAUACAAGAGAGCACAGGCCGCGGCCGAGGCUGCCAAGGAGCUAACUCCGCCCCCACCCCCAGAUGAGCCGCCAGCCCCAGAACCGGAGCCUGAGGCUGAAGCUGAUGUGGCUGACGCGGAUAACGGUGCACCUCCAACACCACCCCCUGAAGAGCCAGAAGAAAAACCCGCGAAAUCCUCUAAAAAGGAUCGCGCUAAAGCUGAACGUGCCAGUACAUCUGGAUGGGGAUUCUUUGGCGCUGCAGCACCGCCAAAGAAAUCAAGCAAAAAGGAGAAACCUCCUAAGGAGCCAGAGCCAGAGCCAGAGCCGGAAGCUGACCCGGAACCCGAGGCAGCACCAGAGCCUGAACCAGAAGCAGUAGUCGAGGAACCAGAAGCCCCGCCAGAGGAAGUGCCUCCAAAAGAACCACGUAAAGAAAAGAAAUCUUCCAAGGUCAAAGAAUCCCGAAAAAAAGAGUCCAGUCGCGAAGAGCCGCCUUCAGCUGCGCGAUCAAAACCAUCAAAGUCUCGACCAAAAGAGUCUGACCAAGAAAUUGAAAGAUCGUCUACAUCAGACCGUGAAAAGAGAAAAGAACGCGACGCGCGCACCUCCAAGCAGCAACGUGCCUCAACACUGUCUAAUUUCAUCCUGGGUGCUCCUCCAUCCGCGCGAACCAAGUCAACACGUAAGCCGACCACAUCAAAAUCGGACUCUAAGCCUCCAUCGCGACGCCCGUCUGCGGAUGCAGAUGCUGAGGGAGGUAUGCCAUCGCCACCUCCAGAAGACCAGCCUGAGAUGCCGGAUAAGGCAGCCAAGUUGAUGGGUAUGAGUGGCUCCAAAUCCAAGCGAGACCGUCCAAGAACAGAGCGACGGAAGUCAGCUCCUCGUGAUCCCUAUGCAAUCGAUGAGGACGACAUGGUCAUGGUUGAUCCAGAAGAUGCGGAAGGUCAGUCGCCCAAGGAAGGCUCCAAGGGAUCUGCACCUUCGAAGCGAAAGUCCAGAAGAGAGCCACGCUCAAGAGCCGACGAAGAUGAUCCUAUUAUGGUUGACGCAGACCAAGGUCCUUCCGGUCCUGAUGACGCCGUGUUCGUCGACGCCCCGUCGAGAGAUCCAAGAGAACGGCGUUUGAAGCGCAGCAGCGCAGCUCCACCUCCAUCAAAGAAGCAAGAGUCCGGUGGCUUAAUGGGCCUAUUUGGAUCAUUAAGGAAGAACGCAAAUCCUCGUCCAGAAAUGCCCGAACGACGAAAGUCCCGCUCAUACCGUGAUGAAGAAUCAAGAAAUAUGACUGAGCCAGAACGUGACGAUCCUCGACGAGCAGCAAGACGCGACGACCGUCGCCGCCGAUCUGUAAAACCCGACACCGAUGCGGAAGGAUUCACCACCGAUGCCGCAGGUGCAGGUGCAGGUGCUAUUGAAACCGAGCCCGAAGAUGCCGAAGCCCGCAAGGCAGCACGUCGAGCGAAGCGCUCGUCUCGACAAGCUCCUUCCGACGCACGAGGGCUAGACCCUCGAGAAGCCGAAGAACGCGAAGAGCGCCGUGCAAGACGCAAAGAAAAAGAAAGAGCACGCGAAGAAGCAGCUCAACAAGCUCAAGAAGAGGAAGAAGAACGUCGUCGUGUACGUCGCGCAGCACGAGAAGAGCGUCGUCUCCGAGAAGAACAAGCAGCUCGUGAAGCCGAAGCCGCCGCCGAAGCCGAAGCCGCCGAACGUCGCGAACGUCGCCGCGUCCGCAAAGAAGAAUUAGCCGCAAAGGAGAUGGCCUCAAAAGCAAAACGCCGCCGUUCACGCGUCGUCGAAGAACCAGCACCAGCACCAGAUUAUCCACCCGAUGAACGUCGCCGUGGCUCACGUACAGAGGAUUCCAAGGCUCGCCGUAGGCCUCGAGUAAAUAUCCCAGAACAACCUCAAGAACAGCCCUACAUGGCGGGUGGACUCAACCACGGUGCCCAGAAGCCAGACAAGACAUCCUCAUGGGUCUAUUCACAAGCCGAUGAACCACCAGAGCCACCACCGAUUGUCCCUACAUUCAUCGACAUGCCUCCUGCAGCAGCAGUCGCUGCCGAAAAUCUAAACGCCCAUUCUCUAUCCUCAGACGAAGAAGCGCGUCGCUCCUCCCGCCGCCGAGCUCGUCGCCGCGCUCAGGGUGAUAUGCCAAGUGAAGAAAUGGAUGAUGCACGCUCUCGUCGUCGCGGUUCGCGUCGAGAUCCAAAGAGUAGCUCCGGUAGCGGUGACUACGAACGUGAUCGUGGUAUGAAAUCAUACGGAAGUCGACAGGGCGCUCCUCCGCCUCCAAGCUCUGGAGCUAAGAAAUCAAGCUGGUUGCGCAAACUUACCAGUUUUUAA